AGCACGGCCCGGCGCGGCAAGCGCGGCAAGCGCGGCCAUGGAGCGGCGCGGGGCCCGGCGGCAGGACUCCGGAGAUAGUGUUUCUGAACUACGGGAAUGGAGACCAGCCAUUUACAGAAAGUGUACGGACGUUCUCUGGCUGCUCCUCUUCUGUCUUUUCUGGGCUGGUUUGAUGUUUAUAAGUGGCUAUGCUGUGGUGGUUGGUGCUGCAGAAAGACUUGUGCUUGGAUAUGACAGCUUUGGGAACAUAUGUGGUCGGAAGAACACUCCUGUAGAAGGGGCAAAUCUUUCUGGAUUGGACAUGACUAAUAAAAAGUAUGUGUUCUUUCUGAAUUCAUGCAGCCUGGAAAUACAAGGCCCCAAAAUCAGUUCACUCUCCUUGUGCGUGUCAAGUUGUCCACAACAGCAGCUCAACUCUUUGGAAGAUCUACAGAGUUUUGCAAGGAAUAAUGGUUCUUUCCUUUGUGUUUACAACCUGAACGUUUCCAGUUACACAGUAAAUCCAAAGGCAGCUCAGCUGUGUCCCACACUGCCAGUUCCACCAAGUAAAUCCUUUCCAUUAUUUAAUCGCUGUGUUCCACAAAAUCCUGAAUGCUAUUCCAAAUAUGCAUCUGUCCUCAUAAGUAUGGUUAAUGAAAUGGAUGUUUUUCACCGAAUUCUGAGUGGAAUAUUGGCAGGAAGAGAUACUGUGAUAGGACUGAGUGUCCUUGCACUAGCCUUCUCUUUGAUACUGGUUUUAGCCUUCAGAUUCAUUCAGACUCUCUUCAUCCAUACUCUCAUUGCACUGGUAGUGUUCGGGUUGUUGUUUGUCUCAGGUGUUCUCUGGUGGCUCUAUUAUGACUACAGGAAUGACCCCAGCACUGAACUGGAAACUGAAAAGGAAAAUGUAAAGUUCCUACUUGGAUAUGCCAUCUUCUCAACAAUCAUCACUGUUGUUCUGCUCUCCCUUAUAUUUGUACUAAGAAAGAGGCUUCCAUUCUCUGUGCAGCUCUUUCGAGUUGUUGGCAAAAUCAUUGGCAGAAUUCCUUUCCUCCUGUUCCAGCCACUCUGGACUUUUCUGAUUCUCAUUGUGUUCUGGGUAUUUUGGGUUGCUAUACUGCUCAGCUUAGGAACUGCAGGUACUGCACAGUCCACUUCGGGAGGACAAGUAGAAUACAGAGCUCUGUCUGGAAUUUGCUACAUGGCAUGGUAUCAUUUCGUUGGCCUUAUCUGGACUAGUGAAUUCAUUCUUGCCUGUCAGCAAAUGGUGAUUGCUGGGGCAGUGGUUACUUGUUAUUUCAACAGAAAUAAAAAUAAGCCACCACCUCACCCAGUCCUGUCUUCCGUAUCAGUUCUUUUCUGCUACCAUCUAGGAACUGCUGUAAAAGGCUCACUUCUAAUCACAAUACUGAGAAUACCAAGGAUUGUUCUCUUGUUUUACAAUAUCCUAAACCAAAAGAAGAAUUCAAAGCCCCUGUUCAACUGCUGUUUCUGCUGGGUUUGCUUCCAGAAAAGUUGCUUAAGAUACUUUAACCAGCAUGCAUACACAACCACAGCUAUAAAUGGGACAAAUUUUUGUACAUCAGCAAAGGAUGCUGUCUGUAUUUUAGCAAGGAAUUCUGAUAAACUUGCAUCCAUCAGCUGCUUUGGAGAUUUUCUCCUAUUUUUAGGAAAGGUGUUUGUUGUGUGCUUCACUGUUUUUGGAGGAUUGAUGGCAUUUAACUACCACCGAGAGUUGCAAGCUUGGGUAGUUCCUCUGUUGCUGGUUGGAUUUUUUGCCUACCUGAUGUCCCACAGCCUUCUGUCUGUGUUUGAAGUGACAGCAGAUGCCACAUUCCUUUGCUUUGCUAUUGAUAUGGAAACAAAUGAUGGAACAGCAGAGAAGCCAUAUUUUGUGGAUCAGGAGCUGCUGACCUUUGUGAGUCAGAGUAACAAGUUAACAGAAGGGCGAAACCACAGCAACACAAGACCAUUCCAGGAUAAUGAAGAUGGGACAGAGCUCCAGCCUAUGACCUGAAUGUGAAGUCCACCAGGAGGUGUGGAAGCAGAGCAGCAAUAGCAAAAAAGGUCAUAUCAGUAAAGGUUACCAAUAGCCCAGGACAAAGUAUUAGCUCCCUAAUCUGUUGUAUCUUCUGCACUGGUAAAAUGACACAUAAUCUGUUUGUAUGAAUAAAAUAUUUUGUGUGUCAUCACAUCUGAUUUUUAUUACUAUAUUUGCUAUGAUGGUCUGAAAGUUGAUAAUAAACUCACUCUUUGUAAAUUUC